AUGAUCAUGUUCCCAAUGCUUCCUGAACGCCAUUGGAGAGUUACUUGGUGGACUUUAUCGGCAAAAGUUCAUCUUCCGCUGUGUCCUGUACUUCUGCGUCUUCUCCUACCUCAUCACCAACCGUCUAUUCCGGAAGACCCUCAGAAUAUUAUUUGGUCCAAUCGAGCUGAAGACGGAAUUCACACAGUGAGUUUUGAUUUUAUCGAGAGAAUGAGAAAACUGAUAGAGCAGUUUUGA